AUGAAGUGGGAAUAUAAGGAAGAGCAUCCCUUCGAAAAACGACGGGCUGAAGGCGAGAAAAUUCGCAAGAAGUACCCCGAUAGAGUUCCGGUGAGUCGGCUCAGCAAGCUUGAAAUUUUGUGGUAACUUCCUGUCAGCAAGUUUAUCGAAUUUGUUUUAAGCAACAAGGAUGUUCCUAAGAUUUCCGACUCUGAGAUCUUUAAAUGCUUAGCUAGGAAGAAUUUAUUUCCAUUUUCUGACUGAUCGAUUGGUAGGAAAAAAAGGCACUAAACCUUUAAUAUUUUGCAAAUUUGUAUGGCGUCAGAUCUUAUUUUGCAACGUCACCAAGGGGUGCAACUUAUUUUCAGAUCUAAGUAAAUUCCACAUCGUUGAACUAAAACAUACAUUACUGACUCUUGUCCUCUUUGUUUGAUAAUUACAGUUAAAGAAUAGAUACCUGUUUGUAGUAUGCGCCGAAAAAUUGCCUAAGCUUAAAAAACAGUCUUGCAGCUGGUCGCUCUUCACAAGACCUCCCCGAAAAGAUUAAGCUUAUGUUUAAGUUAAAAAGUGCAAUAGUAUUUCACUUUCGUGUAAUUGAAACCAACCAAUACACAGCAUUACGGAACUAAAAGUAUUUAAAUUUAAUGAUUUUUAACUUGAACACUAUGAAGAGUUAACCCAUUCGUGUUGACGCCCAAAGUAUGAGUGUGAAAGGUUUGAACCCAGGAGUCAUUUCAAAAGGUUGAGUUGAUCGUCCGGGUGAACGUAGUCCUGAAUAGGACUGUUGUUUUUGACAGUGACUGACGUUUCAACAACCUGUGCGGUAGUCAUCUUCAGAGUCAAAGUGAGUUGUAUCUCGUCAGUUGAUGGUAUUAUACUCUGGUUAUUGAUCUGAUUGGUCAAUUAUGUCGUGAUGUUAUUGGUCGUCUGUCAGUUAAGCCGUGAUGUUAUUGGCUAUGAAGACUCGUAAUCAGUGAUUGGUGCAUUUCGAUCCGUCUAUUGUCGCCAAAAAAAACAGUCGUCUAUUGUUAGUCAAAUUGUUAGUUCUCCAGUUGUUCUCUCGUAGUUAGUUUUGCUUGAUCUCGUCAAUAAGUCGUUUGUACGGCACUGGUAACUGUUGACUACGAUUCAGUGGCGUUUGUUCUAAGUUAGUAAACCAGCUUUCUAAAGUAAGACGUUGAUAGUAGUCUGUAGAAUACGUUAUACAGUCAUGUCGUAGAGUCCCAGUCAAUUUGAUGUUUCGUCUUUAAAUGGUGCUCAGCAAUGUGAUUGUUGACGUCACCCUUCCUUGUCGCGCGUUUGUGUUCGGUCAGUCGCGUGCUUAGGUUUCUGCCGGUAUCACCAAUGUAAGAAGCCUGGCAGUCGCAGCAUUUGAUCUUGUAUACUGCUCCCUGUCUGUCCUCUGGUUUGUCUUUGUCCUUGACAUUAGUUAAGCAGUCGCCAUAAAGUGGUUAUCGGUUUGUGCGCAACACGUAUAUUGUAAGGUUGUAAUAUAUGUGCAAUAGUUUCAGAGGUGCCUCUGAUGUACGGUAGAGUUGCUGUUGUAACAGGGCCACAGUUGGACCCGGACGAUCAAACUCAACCUUUUCAAAGUCUGGGUAUUAAUAAAAUAAUCAUUUAGCGAUAUGCCAGACUGACCAGGCGGCAUUUGAUCAAAAGAUGGAUAAUUUAACAGUUAAUGAAUAAGGCUGAGUAUCUUAUGAAGAAUUAUGGAGAUCGAGGAGGGUGUUAUACAGCCUCGAUGGAUAACACGUUCCGAGAUCUCCAUAAUUCUUCAUAUGAUACAAAAACCGAAUUCAAUAACUGUUUUAUUAUUCACUCAAAACAAUUCCUAUUUUAAAAACAUAGCUAAAACAUGCUUACCUCCGUCGAUCCAUCGACGUUCAGUUCAUCUUCGAUAGUGUACAUUUGAGUUUGUCCAGCUCCGCAAAUAUUCUCCAAAUAGCAGAUGUCGCUUUUCGAGUUGUCUUCUUGCUGUUCUUGCCAUGUUUCUUUCGCCUAGUUCUUACUCUUGAAACGAGUGAAAUGUCCGCCAUUUUUUCAAGUUUAUAACCAAAACAAGUCAACCUCGUCCCCAGGUCUUCUCAGUUAACGGUGCCUUAACCUGCGAAAACACUGCAUUUUUGACGUCAUUUCCUCUGUAAAGUCAAAUUUCUUCCAAAUUUGGUCAUCAGUAACUGGUUAUGGUGAAUUAAACGUGUGCUUUUAGCCAAUCAGAAUUGGGGAAAUAUUUUGAAUGAAUAAUAAUAACAAUUAUUGGAUGAGGCUGAGUGUCAUCGUAAGAUUUUUCUAUUUUGGGGAUCGAGGGGGUUGUUAAUCAGCCUUGGUGGACAACACCCUCCGAGAUCUCCAUAAUUCUUUAGAUGAUACGAAAGCUGAAUUCAAUAAUUGUUUUAUCAUUCAUUCAAAAUAAUUCCUAGUUUAAAAACAGGCUAAAACUUAACAUGCUUACUUCCAUUAAUGUUAACUUCAUCUUCAGUUACCUUUAUAUCAGCAAGUUUAGGCAAAAAAGUGGUUUUCAGAACUGCAAAUAUUCUCCAAAUAGCAGACGUCAUCCGUCAAGUUGUCUUCUUGCUAUUUUUGCUAUGUUUUUAGCCAAUAGUUUGCCUAUUUCUUCAUCAGGAAAUGAUUAAAAUGUUCAGCCAUGUUAUGCUCAUUACUAAAACCUCGUCCCCAGGUCUUCUCAGUUUGCUGUUCAGUUUUCUUGCAAUUAUGCUGCACAGUUGGCAUCAUUUUUUACAUAUCACAACAUUCUUGCAACUGUGGUAGACAGUAGCUGGUUGUCAUGUGAAUGCAAUCAGUUUGUCUAAUACAGGUACUUAUCCAAUGGAUAUUUUUUGCACAGAAUAAAUGAAGGGGCACGUUCAGCCUCAAGAAAAUUUGCAACCAAAGUGAAGCAUUCCAUUUUCCUUCUUACAAAAUUGUUGAUAACUUAUCAUUCCUUAUGAAGAGGAACUGAAGGCUAGAGUUUUUCAAAGCUGAACCAUCAGACCAAAGCAACUGAUCAAAGAGAAUCUCCUCUGGUGAUGGACUGCUUUUAAUGAGGACUGGACUGGGCAUCAGGCAUUCCACUGAUAUUCCAGCCGAAAAACUUGGCAUAAAUUAUGAAAUGCAUUUAUGGGGACAACUUUUCUGAAAUUUAAGCUAGUAUACACAACCAUUCAAAUAAUAUUGAGUCUGCUCAAGCAGUACUUCCAUAUUGUCUCAUUUGAAUUCCGUUUUUAUUCUUCCACGGGUUUAGAGUUGAAGCAUUUUCUUUGUGCAUAAGUUUAGUGUACAAUAACAAGACAGCAUUCUGAAAAACAACCAAUCAGUUGGCUAAUUCUGUCCUGAAACAGUCAGAGAAUGGUUUCGUCAAGGAAGGGUGCUUAAAGCAUAUGCAUGUAUUUCACCCAUAUACCCUUCAAGUGCCAAUAUCCAUUAUGUAAACAAUUUCCAAACAGGAAAAACGUCUUAAAGGAAACUUAAAGGGUUGAAUUACACACUUGCACACCCAAGGCCCUAACUUGCCUGCUUUAGAAUUAUGACCAUUGAAUUCUUAUGAGGGUUCUUCUUUUCAAAUGAUGACUGUCGCACUGUACAAAGAGCAUGGCACUUGGCAGUGUAAAAGGAAGAGCAAGCAGCUUGGGACAUUUAACGUGUUAACUUUGUUUCUUUAUUGAGUCCCACUGCACUGCCUCCCAGCUCAUAUGUGGCUAUUUAUUAUCAUGUUAUGUACAGCAUCUUGUGGGAUGCCAAGUCUCUAUUCCAGUAAGCCUUUGCAUUAAAGUUUUUACAUGUAUAAUCCUUUUUAAGCCUGCAUAUUAAAGCUUUGAACCCUUUAUAAACCUUAACAUUAAAAUGCUCUAAAUUAUACUCAAACCAAGGAAGGGCUGAGCUCUAACAAAUUGUGACUAGUGCCAUCUGGUGAAUCACUUUUGCUCAGACUUGGUCAAAGAGAAAUCUUAGCUUUUUCAUAGAGCUUCUAUGCUGGAGUUUCACAGAUGCGGCUGCUCAGGGUUUCCUACAAACCUUGUUGGAGCAAAUCCCUUCAAAUAUCAGUCUUAAGGCAGUACCCAAAGUUUGUGAUUUUUGGAACAGUUGAAAUACAGUAAGAUUGUGAAAUUUUUUUUUUGGAAUUCCUAGCCUUCUUGGGGUAAUGUCCUUUAACACUGUUGCAGAAAGCAUUAAAAUUGUAUUUAUAAUUAUUUGUUUUGAUCUUUUCUUUAUUUUAAAUUGCAGGUGAUUGUGGAAAAAGCUCCUAAAGCAAGGAUUGGUGAUUUGGAUAAGAAGAAAUACCUUGUUCCCUCAGAUCUGACAGGUUAGUGAUUAUUUUAAGGAUGGAACAAUGGCAUUGUAAUGCUACAAGCAAUGAUUCACCAAAUAAUGACCCUGUUCCAGGGCUCGAAAUUAAAAAAUUCCUUUGGUUGCCUUUUGGUAACCAGUUGGAGAAAUCUAGUUGCUAGAUGCAUAUUUUUAGUUGCCAGUAUCUACAACCAAAAGAAUAUUUGAGGUUGGUUGAAAGUGUUUAAAUUCGUUUGAUUAUCCCAGGUCUGUUCGUGUGGGACACAUUCACAUAAGCAAGUAUGUAAAUACGGAAAGAAGAAAAACUAGAUUUGUUUAAAAAACUUAGAAACACAAAAUAAUUUUGCCCAGCCCAAAUUUAUAAGUAAAUAAGAAUUUUUAUCCUCUACCUUUGACUUAAUAGCAAACAGGAGCCAAACACGAUUACUCGGAGAAUUUGCACAUACGAAGGAAUCAACAUGGCCGAUAGCCAUUCAUUACCAGAUCUCCUCUUUUCAAGUGAAACCACUUGCCACAAAAGGCGUAGUAAAAUUACGCAGCUACACGAUCCAUCAGAUUUGGGGGUAAACUGGCUUUGUUUAUGCGAUUUGGCACAUUUUUUUGAUGACAAUAAUGAAGCAAGAUAAAAUGAAAAUGUUAGUUUCAACUACUCUUUUUAUUUAAAUCUAAAUCAUAGAGAAAUCUGGUCUCCAAAGUGGCGACUAAACCAGAAUUUUUAGUCGCCAUGGAGAAAAUGUUGGUCGCAUUGGCAACCAUAUCGGCCUCUAUUUCGAGCCCUGCACUGUUCUGAAAAUAAAUCAUUUAUUUAUUUGAUACUCCAAUAAAAUGUUUUUUUGUUUUCAGUAGCAAUUACAGAAAAAAACUAUAAAUUUACGUAAAAACUGUCCUGGUUGGUAUUAAAAGAGGUAAAGUAUGUCAAAGUAUAAAAGGUUCUAUGAACCCGUAAAAAAUUUUCCCAAGUGCGACACUGAGUCUUAAAGAGCCUUAAAGUUAAUCAAACUACUGUAUUCACAUAGCAAGUUGCUUGUUACUAAUGACACCAUUGGGGUCCUAAAGUAACUGAGAGAAAUGAAAUGAAGGUACUGCCUUAGUCCUACAAAAGGCUAGACUUUUACAUAGUUUGGUUGACCAUGUCAAGACGCAGUCUCAUCUCCAGAAGGAGACAUGAAUAUAGUGUUCGCAAUUCAGAGUUUUGUGCUAAAUACAUUUGCAUUCAAUGUACAUGUCUCAACAUGUCAACAACAACCGACAGUGAUAUUAAGAAUUAUUUAAGUUUAUUCUAUUUUUUUUUCAGUUGGACAGUUUUACUUCCUCAUCCGAAAGAGAAUUCACUUGAGAGCUGAGGAUGCAUUGUUUUUCUUUGUUAACAAUGUGAUCCCACCCACAAGCGCUACGAUGGGUCAGCUCUACCAGGAACAUCAUGAAGAGGACUUCUUUCUUUACAUAGCGUAUAGUGACGAGAGUGUGUAUGGCACACAGUGA